AUGUCUACUCCAGAUCAAUUCAAGAAUAUCAGAAUAUUGAACAUCAACGAUACCACCAAAGCCGCCAAAUGCUUGUUGGCUGCCUUUGGCACUGAUGAUUUGGCCACAUUGUUGGUAAAUCAUAUCGAUGAUCCCAAGCACAAAGUCCUCUGUGAAUUGUCUCUUUAUGAAGCCUACGUCAGACAACACAUCAUGGCGGGUUUAGUUCUUGGAAUUAAUGAAACCGAAGAGGAAUUCGAAACCGUCGGUGUAUGGUCCCUACCUGAUUCCAUCGAGAAAGGAUUAGAGAGCUUCUCCACCUUGAUGAAGUCAGGUUAUGGGAAAGUAUGGGAAAUAUAUGGAGAAGAAGGCAGAUUCAAAGUGUUUGAUGGAAUGUUACCUUUAUUGCAUGAUACUUGUGAACGGAUUCUCACCACCGACUCGAGAUUCCAUAAGAAGAAGUUGUUCACCUUGGUGUAUUUGGGGUCUACUGAAGCUGCAAGAGGAAAAGGAAACGUGAGAAAGAUGUUUGAUUUUAUGUUCCAAAACUAUAUCGAUGUCUGUCCUGACAAUCUUUCAUACUUGGAAAGCAGUGCCUUGAGUAAUAUCCCCAUUUAUGAGCGGUUCGGAUUCCAUUUCUAUGAAGAUAUUAUGUUGGGAGAGAAGAAGGCUGGAUCUGAGCCAGGUAACGAUUAUGCGGUAAUGAACGUCAUGAUCAGAGGUACAAAUGGCCAUGAUUGGACUAAAGAUGCACCUGUAUCCAGCCCUAAAUUGUAG